UUGACCAGUUUGACGCAUUUGAUAAAAAAUUUUCGUUUUGUUUCGCUUUGGCGUUCAUGAAUACUGAUGCGUUUAAUUUUUUCGUUUUGUUCAUAAUAUUGUAGCUAUACUCGAAAAUGGAUGUUCUGCAUACGUCAGAGCGUAUCAUGGUCGAUUCAACAUCUGAAAUUCCCACAGAAGACCUGCUCCACGCAAUUAUUACUGAAAUAGAAGAACUGCAACAUCAACCUUUCGAUUGUACAACCGACAUGAUCGAUAGCUUCCUUCUCAAUCACAGUCGAUGCGACAGUGUACAUCUUAACGAAAUGUUAGGUACAUUUGGAUCGGAAUUUCCAGCACUCGAACUAGGAACUGAACUCGGUGAUGAAGCUUCAAGCGGUAGAGAUAUCCGAUCGUCAUCAAAUAAUCUAAACAGAGUUCCUGGUAAUGAAGCUUUUAUUGAAGAGAAUUCUGUAAGAAUUAGUCUUAGCAAAAGCGAUCUGAGGACUCAGGAAAAUUCAACGGUGACAAAUCAAGAAUUAGUUUUCAUAAAAAGUCAAUUACAUCAGCUACAGGACAUGAUUUUUGAUUUGCAAAAGAAUAACUUGGUCCUAAAAAGUCAAUUGCAACCGCAACAAAACAAGAUUUUUGAACUGCAAAAGAAUAAUUUGGCACUAAAAAGUCAAUUGCAAACGCAACAGGACAUGAUCUUUGAAUUGCAAAAGAAUAACUUGGUCCUAAAAAGUCAAUUGCAACCGCAACAGCAUAUGAUUCUUGAAUUGCAAAAGAAUAACUUGGUCCUAAAAAGUCAAUUGCAACCGCAACAGGACAUAAUUGUUGAAUUGCAAAAGAGUAAUUCGGAUUUAAGAAGUCAAGUGAAGCAGCAAUACGAGAUUAUUUCAGAUUUACGAAAGCAUUUACAGCAAACACAAGUUGAUCAAGGACCAACAGCUGAUCGAAGACAGUUAGAAAUUGUUGAGAUUGACAAUGUUUCGACGAUUGAACGAUCGCAGCUCAGUGACUCUGAUCAAAUGGAUCAACUUCAAGAAAUCGAGAGUGUGGUACAGUCACUUGAUGAGGAAUGUAAUGAGAGAAGGGUAAUUAUCACGGGAUCGAAAAACAAUGGUGCACUUGAUGUUGACCAGCAUGAGCAUAAUGAAUCAAAGGAAGUGGAACAGGCAACACAUUCCACGACGUUGUACCAAGGUCAAGAAGAUAAUUUCGACCAAUCAGACAGCUCAUCGAAGCAGGUUGAUCAAAGACCAACAGAUGAUCGAAAACAGUUGGAAAUCGUCGAGAUUGAAAAUGUCACGACGAUUGAACGAUCGCAACUCAGUGAUUCUGAUCAAAUGGAACAACUUCAAGGAAUCGAAAGUGUAGAGUCGCCUGAUGGGGAAUGCAAUGAGAGAAGGGUAAUUAUCACGAGAUCGAAAAACGAUGGUUCACAUGAUGUUGACCAGCAUGAGCAUAAUGAAUCAAAGGAAGUAGUGGAACAGGCAACACAUUCAACGCCGUUGUGCCAAGGCCAAGAGGAUAAUUUCGACCAAUCAGAAAGCUCAUUGAAACAGAUGCGUUCCGUCCGAAAUAGGAAGGGUGCUGGGAAACGAAUUACUUAUAACAUGGAAAGCAUCGAGGUGUCUCUUGAAAAUCCACGAAACUCUCGCAAAAAAAAAUCAAAAACGUAUCCCUGUGCGGAGUGUAACAAGCGAUUCGAUUACAAGUCUCAAUUGAUGACACAUUUAAGGGCGCACAGUGUAUGGAUCCGUUGAUGUGUUGUCAAUGUU